CUGAGUUGGACCGUGCUGGAGUGUAUCGGCGUGUGUCGGCGUGUUUCCCUGUGGAUCUCCGUAUCUUCGCUGGAUUUCUGGGUUUUGUAGGAUCCUGGCUGCUGUUUAGAAGGACCUGGAGGAAUGUGGAGUUUACAGAAUGCCCAGCAGCGUCGGAAACACAUUUAAACCCACCAAAUUCAUCCCGGUGUCCACCGCUGCCUCUCUGCUCGUAGGAUCCUCCACUCUGUUCUUCGCCUUUACGUGUCCGUGGUUAUCUAAUGCUAUCUCUCCUGCUGUUCCUCUCUAUCAUGGCGUGGUUUUCCUCUUCGUUCUGGCCAACUUCAGCAUGGCCACCUUCAUGGACCCCGGAGUUUUCCCCAGAGCGAGUGAGGAUGAAGAUAAGGAUGAUGAUUUCAGAGCUCCUCUCUAUAAGAACGUGGAGGUGAAGGGGGUCCAGGUGCGGAUGAAGUGGUGCUCCACCUGUCACUUCUACAGACCACCGCGCUGCUCCCACUGCAGCGUGUGUGACAACUGUGUCGAGGAUUUUGACCAUCACUGUCCGUGGGUGAAUAACUGUAUCGGCCGCAGAAACUACCGCUACUUCUUCCUGUUCCUGCUGUCUCUGAGCGUCCACAUGGUCGGGGUGUUCUCCUUCGGCCUGCUCUUCGUUUUACACCACCUGGAAACACUCAGCGCUCUGCACACCACCGUCACACUGGUGGUGAUGUGUAUAGCCGGUCUGUUCUUCAUCCCCGUUAUGGGUCUCACGGGGUUCCACAUGGUGCUGGUGGCCAGAGGGCGCACUACUAAUGAACAGGUGACGGGGAAGUUCCGUGGGGGAGUGAACCCUUUCACUCGAGGUUGCUGUGGCAACGUGAAGCACGUUCUCUGCAGUCCUUUAGCUCCGAGGUAUAUGGUCGACCCCAGGAAGAAACCAGCUAUUCCCAUCAAACCUCCAUUCCUCCGACCUGCACUGUCCGACCGGAACGUCACCGUCAAACUCAGUGACAACGGAGUCCACGGCAGCAUCCUAAGAACAAAAUCUAAGAUCAGUCUGGACGGCCUCGGGGAGAAGAAUACGGACACCCAGCCGCCUCUUCCUCCCAAAGCUGAGCGCCAUAACCAGCUUCAGAGCCAGCUCACAUCCAGCGAAGAGAGUUCUCUCUCCAGCAAGCCCACCAACCCCCCCACCCCGGCCAUGUACAGAUACAGACCCUCCUUCGGCACCAUACCGAAAGUGCAUUACCACGCGACAGGGAGAGAAGGUGAGAGCGGCGCUAUUAUGAUGUCAGACAACUCCAAAUCGUCUGCGAUCUUGGAGGAAAGAGGUCACGACUACCGCUCUGAGCCCAACCUGGACCUGCCGGAUUACGGCGCCGCUCCGCUUCACCGCACCUUCCAGUCAUCUCCGUUCCAGCUGGAUUCGAUCAGCACCACCCCGCGCUCCCUCAGCCUCAAACAGGGCGGCCGUAGACCUGAGCACUCGCCACUAGGGGGCAGCAAACCCGACCCGGUCAUCUCCACGCCACACAGGGGCGUGUUUUCACCUGGGACUCUUUCAAACCGCAAUGGGAGCUUAUCCUAUGACAGCCUGCUGACUCCCAGUAUAGCGCCCUCUGCUGGCGAGUGCACGGCACAUCCAGGUGUGCCAACCAUGGGUUUCCAUUCACCUUUUUUGCCCACGAAAAUGUGCCAUGUGCGUGGGCCUGAACUGCAAGGCCAAUCCAUAGUGUCCCCUUAUAGCCCCGUUCGCACCGGGCUAAUAUACGGGCGCCAUUCGCCUCACCUGAGAGAAAGAGAGCAAGAGAGAGAGAGAGAGAGAGAUCCGUCACCCGUCCGCUACGACAAUCUCUCCAAAACCAUCAUGGCGUCCAUCCAAGAGAGGAAGGAAUUGGAAGCAAGAGAAAAGCUCAUAAGCCGCCACGCCCAGGCUAACUACGCUAACGAUUCGGGCGUUUUCGACGGGUGUAGCCGAGUCCCACCUGGACCAUGUUACCCUGACGGGCAAAGGGGGCCCGGGUCCAGAGGGUACGGCUCCCGUGACAACCUAAUAGGGGCCGGAUUGGUGGGGUACACCCCCCGGACCCCCGUGCUGCGUUCCUCAGCGUCCUCAUUAGUCCGAGCCCCCAGGACUUCCACUACCUCCCUCCACACGGACGCAGGGGGAGGGGGGAACCACCAGUAUCGCUCUCCGGCCCACCAACCCCACCAUUCUCCAACGGCUGUACCCAGAUCUCCAUCCUACUCCCACCAGAAGGUCUCCUUCAUCAGCUCCCGGGAAAGAGCCGAGUCUCCACACUUAGGAACGAGAGAGGACCUGAGUCACGGUAAAGUCAACGGGCAGCCCAAAGGCCAGACGCGAGACUGCCACCUCGGGGCGCCCUCCGGAACUGCGCUCAGCCCCAGCAGACAUACCAACGUCAAAAAGGUGACGGGAGUGGGCGGGACUACCUAUGAGAUUUCAGUGUGAUGGAGUAACCAAUCCCUGUGUGAAGAAGCACUGCCAUGGCGACCGACGACAGCGACAGCAACAACAACAAUGUCUGUGCAAAAAGUGAAAACUUCUCUUUUUACGCUGAUGUUAAAGAACACUGUAACCGACCAAUCACAGCCUUUCUCACGCGGGACUGCUGGUCCAAUCAGAGAAGGUUUUUUCACUGUGCCUGUCUCUGCCCUUUUGGUGACUGAAGGGAUGGGUGGAAACGUUACUGCGUGUAUGUUUGUGUGUGUUUGUGUGUCAAAUGUUUAUGAUCAGGAGUUUUAAAGGGAAACUUAAUCGCUUUCCGACCUGAUCUCUGUCUGCUUCGUCUGUAAGCGGAUGGACGAUUAGUCAAUAAUAAUCUUAAUACAUUUCCCUGAAUUCAUAAACGAAAAGAAAAAACACUGAGUUGAAACUCGGUGACAGUAGAAGUCA